CAUGCAUGCUUUACAUGCGCACAUACAUGCAUCCAUGAGCAGGUUCUCUGUCCCCGCUCCGAAGCGCUACGUGCUCCGCCUCUUCAUCUCACUCAAGUACGUCACCGCGAACGUCGUCGAUCGCCGGAGCGGCCGAGUGGUGGUCACGGCGUCGUCGGUGGAGAAGCCCCUGAAGGAGAGCCUCGAGCGCGGCGGGCGCGCGUGCAACGCCAAGGCCGCCGCCGCCGUGGGCGAGGUCCUCGCCGCGCGCCUCGCCGUCGACGGCCUCGCCCGCGAGCCCAUCUACGCCGACGCCUCCAAGGAGGUGGAGAAGAAGGGGUUCCGGAACCGCACCAAGGUUUGGGCCCUCCUCAACGCUCUCCGAUCCCACGGCGUCAACCUCCGAAUCGAUGACGAGGAUCAAACCCCGCCCCGAUAAGUUUUUUCCCACCUUUUUGAUGAUUUCGUGCUUUAUUUAUGUGUUCGGGGAGAUCGAGUGGUAGGAGAAGUGUUAUAUUAAGUUGAACUGAAGGUGUUUGAUGAAAUGCUUGUGAGGCGUGGAAGAGAUAAGCUUGUGUAGUAUGGUUUAUUUUACGCUAAAAAGUAGUAUUUCUUUUUUAGGGGGAUUUUGUGCCAUAUUUAUGUGUUGGGGGUGAUUGAGUUGUUGGAGUAGUGUUGUAUUAAGUUGAAUUGAAUGUAUUUAAUGAAAUGCUUGUGAGGCGUGGAAGGGAUAAUAUUGUGUAGUAUGGUUUAUUUUAUGCUAAGAGUAGUAUUUAUCCUAUAAUUUUUUGGAAUAUUUUAUUCUAUCUUACAAAUUUGUUGCCAUUAUAAGCCUGUUGUUGUUUGUUGCAAGUUAAGAUGGAUUUUGUUAUCCUUUGCUAAUAUGAUCAAUUAGAAAUAUGAAUAGAAACUAUAUCUAGAAUCAUUGAAUGAGGUACUUAUUGUGAAAGAUGAGUGGAUUGAAGAUGCAGGAUUGUGCCACAUAGAUGAAUCAUAUGGACAAAUUAAUAGUUUCUGAUUGAUUCGUUAUCUUCAUUUUAUCCUCAUUCGUAUUCUAUGUAGGUGUCUCAAUGAAACAUAGUUGCAAAUUUUCCAUAUUUUUUGUGCUUUUUUUGCUAAAUAGACCUUUUAUGGUUAAUGAGAUGGUUUUGUUUGGAUGAGACUUGGAAUCAUCAUGAUGUUGCAUUUGAUAUUGGAAGCCACUCUUUGAGCAAUGCUGAGAUAGAUAAAUGGUGUUUAAUUUAGUCCACGCAAAAACUUUUUUCUCAAGGGUAUCUACACUCUUCGAAGUUCUAACUUUCUUUCAAAUUAAAUUUUAGAUGUCAGAAAUCUUUGUGGAAAAAUGUUUAAUGAACGUGCAGGACACACCAACCGUAGAUUACUCUAUGAGUGUAAUUGCUGCAACACCAUAAGGCAGAUUGACAAGAUUUAGAAUAUAGGCUUCCAGGUCCGUUUAAAUUUCCAGUAGAAACUGAAAGAAAAGGAUGGAGAAAGGAACAAUGCUAAAACAUGGUCCCCAAAUAUAAGAGGGAUCUCUGUCUUUCUUAAUUGGGGACAAAAGUGCCGACACAACCGAACCCCAUGAUGAAGAAAGCUCCGGCUUGGAAAAGCAAGUAGACGUAGAAGUGAUCAUGGCGGAACAUUAUAUUAUAGAUCGCACAGUAGAAGAGGUAUAAUCCCAUGAAUAACUCCAAUACAUGGAUCCUGAUAAUUAGAAGAAAGAGUAAGCAUUAAGGAUGGUGAUGGUCGACGGCACAUAAAUGGCGAUGAAUUUGGGAAGAUGAACUUCGGGGACCAGCACACACGCAGGGAUAACAAUGCAGUAGAAGAUGGAGGUGACGAAGUGCGCGACUAUCUUCCUCACGAAGAAGAAGGCAUAUAUCACGUGAAAUUUCUUCCACACCGAUACCCUCUACAGAAUGCGAUAUCAUUCAACAACAAAAUAUGAGAUAUGUAAAACGAAUUGUUCUACUAGUAAUUAGUACUUGUAUGUUGCUUUAUGUUUUACAAUUUAGCUUACUUUGCAGUUGAUUAUCUCCUUAAACAUCUUUCGAAAUAAAUUCGCAGGACCGCAAGACCACCUAUGUUGCUGGUAUCGGUACGCUUUGAAUGUGCUAGGUAGCUCAUUUUUCACCUGAAGUAUUAUAUAUUUCUUAGCAAAACUUUGUUUUAAGUUUGAUGAUAUAAUUUUAAGUGCUGUACUUACAGAUAAGUCACCGACAAAAACAAAUUUCCAUCCCUUGAGACUGGCUCUAACAGCUAAAUCCAUGUCUUCGACAGUUGUCCGAUCCUUCCAUCCGCCGGAAUCUGCAAGUGCUUGAAUCCUCCAUACUCCAGCAGUUCCUGUUUAAGCAAAGUCAUUUAAAAGUUAGAACUUUUGCAUCUGAACAAUUUUAUAGAAAUGACCUCCAGUUUUUGAGAAAGUGACCAUUGAAUCCAAAGAACGAAUAUGUGGAAGAUCCCACUUCCUGCUCCACACUGAAAUGAUAAUCCAGAGACAUCUCUUGAAGUCGAGUUAGCAGACACUCAUCGGCAUUUACUGCAUUCAAAAAAAAAAAAAAGAUCAUUUCAUUUGUUUCGACAAAAUUUGGUACUGCUUUCCUGUUGAGUUAAUAUGUACGUGCGUGUGCAAAUACUGAUGCAGAUCCGAUACCCGCCAAAAGUCGAUAGCAUCAUAGAAACAGUGAUUAGUGUACCGUAGCCCGACUCAAAGAAAUAAUCUACAAAACUCACCGAAAUUCCAUCGAGCUUGAACCAAGGCAAGUUCGGGGUUACUGAGCAGGAAAGGGACAGUCCUCCAGAGGAAGUCAGGUUCCGGCUGGAAGUCGGCAUCAAAGAUGACGACAUACUCGCAUUCCCUGACGUAAUGCUUCUUCAAUCCGUCACGCAGUGCCCCGGCCUUAAAAAUUGAAGAAAUGAAAACAUUUUCGCAGCACAUUACCCUGAGGAUCAUGUCGGUUGAAUCGUCGAGAACUUGGAUUAUGAUCUUGUCGGAAGGCCACGAGAGACCGCAUGCCGCUCCGAUCGAUAACCGGACCAUGGGGUGGGUGUUACUAGCCUCGAGCUCUUGCUUCAUGGCAUCAAGCUUGUACUUGGUGUACCUCUUCCUCCUCAAGAGCUUCACACAUAUGAUCACCGCCGCCAUGUAGACGCGCUCGACGAAGAGCAUCAGCGACAUGGCGGCGCACACGUAGACCGCCACCUGCAGCAGCGGCGCGACGAUCGGCGCGCGGACCUGCCUCCAUGCAAGCCUUAUGUUCUCACUCACCACUGCUCCAUCUCCUGAGCCACCAAUUAGUACUGGGUCCUUCAACACAAGGUUUCUCAUUGAAUAGAGUGUUGGUGUUUGUGUUUGUGUUUGUGUUUGUGUUUGUGUGGGGAGUGUUGGGGCUUGUGAGGGGUGGUACACAGUUUUAAGGAGUGGGGGUGGAUGAACCAAUAUAUAUAGGCCAGCAAAUGGACAGUGUUUGAAGAGAGAGAGAGAGAGAGAGAGAGAGAGAGAGAAUAUUGCAGCUGUACAUGCUGCACCAUGUCAUUCAAUGCACUGCACUGCAAUUAUUUUUUUUCCAUCUUUUAUCUUAUCUCAUACUUUAAUUUUUAUAAUA